UCCAGAGUGCGGCGAACAGACCAACUUAACAGGCUCACUGAACUACGCGACAGUGAAAUGUUUGCUCCCACAGCUGCUGUACUGCAGCCAUCUCAGGUUAGAGAACAAUCAUUUCAAAGAUGAUGUCAUGGAGUUGCUGGGAAGCCUCCUCAGUGCCAAAGACUGCCAUAUCCAGAAGAUAAGUUUGGCAGAGAAUGCCAUCAGCAACAAAGGUGCCAAAGCCCUGAGUCGAGCCCUCUUGGUGAACCGGACGCUAACGUCUCUCAAUCUCCGGAACAACAACAUCGGCUCUAAAGGUGCGAAGUUCCUGGCAGAGGCUCUGAAAAUGAACCAAGCCCUGGUAUCAGUCAACUUCCAGAACAAUGCCAUUGAGGAGGAAGGUGCUCAGGCCCUUGCAGAAGUACUGCAGUGCAACCGCAAACUGGUGUCUCUGAAUAUGCAGAAGAAUACGAUUGGAGCAGGAGGAGCCAAAAGGAUUGCAGAUGCACUGAAGACAAACCGGACUCUCACAAAGCUGAAUCUUUGUAGCAACCAGCUUGGGGACAAAGGAACAAUCGCUCUGGCAGAGGCUUUGACAGUCAACCACACUCUGCUCUCACUUCAACUUCAGAGUAAUUCAAUCAGCAACAGGGGGAUGACAGCCUUAACCAAAGCACUUCGGCUAAACUGUGGCCUUGUCUCCUUGAAUUUAAGGGAGAACUCAAUUGGGGUGGAGGGAGCAAAGAACAUGGCCCAAGCCCUCCAUGAAAACAACUCUCUACAAGACCUCGAUCUCACAGCCAAUCUCUUGCAUGAUGAAGGGGUUCAAGCUAUAGCUGCCGCAAUCAAGUUCAAUCAAGGCCUCACCUCUUUGCAUCUCCAGUGGAAUUUCAUCAAGUCCUCUGCCACUAAAGCUCUGGCCCAUGCUCUCCACUCCAAUGCCACAAUGCAGCUCUUGGAUCUACAGGAGAAUGCUAUUGGGAAUGAAGGCGUCAUUUUUCUUGCUGAAGCCCUGAAAAACAACGCAUCUCUAUGUACAUUAUGUCUUCAGGGAGUCUCAGCAGGCACAACCGGUGCCAUUGCAAUGGCAGAGGCUCUAAUGACCAACCAAACCCUGCAAACAUUAGAUUUACGUGGGAACACCGUAGGGAUGAAAGGAGCGAAGGCUCUGGCUAACGCAUUGAAAAGCAACAGAAGCCUCAAGUCGUUGAAUCUGCAGGAGAACUCUCUGGGUAUGGAUGGAGCCAUAUUCAUUGCAACGGCCUUGAAGGGAAACCACCAGUUGACAUAUAUCAAUUUGCAGGGAAAUGGCAUUGGAGAAUCUGGGGCAAAAGUCAUAUCUGAUGCUAUAAGAGCCAACGCUCCAGGCUGUGUCGUGGACAUCUGACCAAGAACAGCCUCUGCUGAGGGAGGUCACAUGCAGCACAGAAAUAAUAUUAUGCAGUGUUAUCAAAAGAUGUAAACUAUGUAAUUUAAUUAAACGCUAGCUGUAUAUUAGUACUGGCUAUCACUCUGUAACUGUUAUACUAGUUUCACUGUGUUUUUGAAUACAUAUUUAUAAUGACAUUGUUAUUGAAGUAUCAGUUGCUAUAAGAGACAACAUUUUCUGUUAAUGUGAAAUAUACAUCCAUAAGUAAAGAGUGGAACUGCG